CCAAAAUGUGAUCACCUUGGGAAAAAAAAGAAUUUCCCCUUCUUCCCAUAACUUUAUUACAAAGAUAGCUGGCAUAAAUUCAGUAAAAUAUCAAGUUAAGCAUACAGAGAAUUUGAGGAAAUGUAACACAAAAAAAACAAAAACCAACUCCCCCCCAGCAAUCAUGUGGCUCAUGAUGACUAAGUCUAACUUUGUUCCUCUUUCCUGAAAACAAAGUGUUCAAGUAAAAUAUUCACCCAGACAGCACCCCCUUUAUUUUCAAAAGGCUUGAAGCUAUGCAAGCAUGUUACAGCUUAUUUUUUUCAUCCUAUUUACUUCUGGAUUCACUGAAUCACAAGGAAAAAACGUGAUUUGCAACUCCUCAGAUGUUGAAAUAUCAUAUUCCUUUUGUGAUUCUAUGGACGAUGUUUUCUUUCUUAAUAUCGUACCUUGUUCCUUUAGUGAAACUCGUUGGAAAGUUACUCUUUCAUUGAUUCCAAGGAGUGAUAUAAUCUUUUUGGAGGGCAGUGUGAAUGUAUGGUAUGAUGCUCGAAACAUAUUAGCACAGAAAAAAGUUAUUUGCAGUGGAUUUGAUGAUGACUAUUCAUUUUGUGGAACUCUGAAGGGAGAGACGCUCAAUGCAACAUUUGAAAUGAGCGGUUUAAAGAUGAAAUUGCCAAAGGGAAUAUAUACGGUUUUUUUAACGUUAUUCACUGAUCCUUCUCAGAAGAAUUUGAUCCUGUGUAGGAAUGUUACCUUGUUAGUAAAAUAGGAUGGUUGAGGAAUUUCUGAAUAAGAUGAUUGUUUCAAUUCAUCGAGGAACACAAGAACAGCUGCUGCCAGGAACUGGAAUUUUAUCACUGAAAUAAUAAACAGACUGAUUUUGCAUGAGUAAUGCAAAAUACACUUUACUGAAUGCAUAAUUAUAAGGAAGAGGGAUAGUCUCAUCCAUUCAUAUACUUGCUGUAAUCAAAUGGCCAGCUAAUUUGUGCAAAAUUUCUAUGUGAAAAUAAGGUACAAAUUCAUAUUGUUUAAUCUACAGAAUGACCUUGAAAUGAUGAUGUAGUUACAAUUGUAUUUCAAUUCUACCACUUGUGUUAUGCAGAAUGUGUGCUGAGACUUAGAUCUGCUGUGGGGCCGUGUUUCAGUGAAAGAGACUGCUCACUCUGCACUAGCAGUGAGGUUCCAUGCUAACUGGUGAAAUUACUGAGAGCUGGGUUAAGUAAUGGGACAUGGCAAAGGUUGCAGUAGAGAGACAGGUGGUUGCAGAGAAAGUGACAGCACAGCAGCCAAUGGCAGCAGAGUGAAGGACGGCACAGCAGUGGUAGUGGGCAGCGAUGAAGAGUGAAUAGCAGUGGUUGAUUAGCCACUAGGCUAAUGGGGUCUGAGCCCAGGGGCCCCGCCAAUUGGGGGCCCCUGCAAAAAUGUGCAUCCGUGACCUGCUCCACCUGGCACUUCUGCCAGGGAGUGGGGUCGGGACAUGGAACUUGCCCUUCUCCAUCUCCUGGUCACUCCUGCCAGGGAGUAGGGUUGGGGCGUGGGGACUUGCCCUGUGCUCCCCGCCCAUCUGGUGCUCCUGCUGGGGAUCAGGGGAAGCCCCCACACCCUGACUUCACUCCCUGGCAGGAGUGCUGGGUGGGAGGAGCAGGUCAGGAUGCAGGGCCACACAUUCUUCCGAGGGCCCCCAAAUGGCCGGGGCCCCUGUUGGCCUGGUGGCUAAUCCACCACUGCAUUUACUACUAUGUCUUUUGUGGUUAAGUUCCACAGGUCAUCUUGCCUUCUGUAUUUUCACAAUAAAUAGUUUAGGGUAAUGCCUGCAGAUUGAAGUCAGACAAGAUCACUACUGACUUUGAUGGGAACUUUGCUGGAGUAAGGACUAAAGGAUUUUGUCCAAGGUGGACCAAAAAGGAUUUCAGUUCACCUUAAAGUUGCUUAAUGAUUCUACAUCACAUAGUGAUCCUUAGGAAAUUAACAGGAACAUUGUCUCAAAAUACAGUAUGAUU